AUGCCAUGUGAAGGCUGCAUGGAGAAGGACAAUGAGAGCACUGAUGCAACCAUGGAGUUCCUCCUUCUUGGCUUCUCUGAGCAUUUCCGUCUGCGGGUCCUCCUCUUCCUUAUCUUUCUCAUCAUCCAUUUGGUCACACUGGCAGGGAAUACGAUGAUCUUCAUUGCUGUUUUUAUGGAGCAUUCUCGUCCUCCCAUGCUUUUCUUCCUCUGUCAGCUCUCCAUCAUUGAGCUUUGCUACACCUUAGUCAUUGUCCCUAAGGCACUCCUCGGCCUGAUGGUUAUGAAUGGCAUCACCAUUUCCUUCAUAGGCUGUGCUGCCCAGAUGUACCUUUUUGUGGGACUCGGCGGAGCUGAGUGCUUUCUCCUGGCAGCCAUGUCGUAUGACCGCUACAUUGCCAUCUGCCAGCCCCUCCACUACGCAGUGGUGAUGAGCGAGGGGCUCUGUCUUAGGCUGUGCAUAGCAUGCUGUCUGGGAGGCUUUGCUGUUGCCCUGGGGUUGACAGUGUCAGUUUUCCACUUACCUUUCUGUCAGUCACAUCACAUCAACCACUUCUUCUGUGACAUCCCUGCAGUGCUUCACCUGGCCUGCACACACAGCUACACCCCUGAGCUUCCCCUGCUGGCGGCCUGUGUGCUCCUCCUGCUACUUCCCUUCAUCUUGAUCCUGACCUCUUAUGUGUGUAUUGCUGCUGUUUUGCUACGUAUCACUUCCUCCCUCAGGAGGGGCAAAGCCUUUUCCACUUGCUUUUCACAUUUGAUCAUCACCUUGCUACACUAUGGAUGUGCCUCCUUCAUGUACAUUCGUCCUAAGUCCAGUUACUCACCAGCUCGAGACAAGAUGGUUUCUCUAGUCUACACCAAUAUUACUCCAUUACUAUACCCCCUUAUUUAUAGCUUGAGGAACAAGGAAAUUAGAGGAGUCCUGAGGAAAAUGUUGAGGAAGCAGAGAAUAGCUCAGCAGAACUGGAGUACUAUCAGGGCUGUUACAGGUGUGAACUAA